AGUUCAAUGCCCAUCCAACCCGACCGUUGUGUUCAAAUUUCAAAAAAUGCGACUUCGAUAAAUUCUCAAGAAAAUUCCCAAUCAAGAUCCUAAAUUUACAAACUCAAAAUCCUUAAACCACAAAAAUGAUUGUUCGAGCAACCAAAGAUCUCGAAGAAACCAUGAAAACAGUGAUCUUCACUCCAAAUUCCUCGCCAAAAUCCACCACCACAGCAAUCGGAAACAAUCCCUCAGAAACAAGAGAAAAUUCCUAUUUUCCGGGAUGCAAAAAAGACGCGAAUUGCAACUGCGAGAUUUGCAUUGCAAGCUUCAACGCCACUCUUGAUUUGAUGCCGCAGAGUGCUCAGAGGAGUUCGCUCACGCAGCUCUCCGUUGCAAGGCCCAAAAUUCGGAGAAGCCCCGUUCCUUUCGCAUCGUCAGCUGAUGUCUCGACGGAGAUUCCGCCGGCAAGUGCGAAUUCUGGGGAGAAGGUGGGAAGGAGAAAAGGGGAAUUCAAGUGUGAGGGAUUCAUUGUGAGGUUACUUUUCUUCUUGAUUGUGGUUUACGGCGUGGAGUGUGGGUUUUCAUGGAUGAUUUCAGGGGUUUUGAAGAGUCAAUUGUGGCCGGAAUUGGUGGAGAAUAUGGCUGGGAAUUCAGGGGUUCAUGAGGAUCUGAAUGGGAGGUUCAUGUUCUUGAAGAAUGAACUGCAAGGGUUUGUGGGAAUUAGGGUUUCAAGCUGCAAUUCUGCUAAUUCUGUGUGGAAAAUCAGUCAGGAUGGUUUGUUGCUGAAUUCGCGGUGCGUGUUGUAUGAAUCAAUGGCAGAGGAGGUAAGCAUUUGGGGAUGGCCAUUGCAGACUGCUGGAUUGCUUACUGCAGAAUAUUCUUCGAGAUCAUUCAGCAUUAUAACCGGAAGAGUUACUGAAUGGUCUGGUGGCAAAGCUGGUUUUUUUGUUCGGACAGCAAAUAGUUCGUGGGUGCAAGAAAAGUGGAGCUCGUCUGUCGUACAGUUUGAUCCAAACACAUGGAUUCUGGAGUACAGACAGAGCUUUCUACUGGAAAACGCAAGCCCGGUUUCUGCUACACUGAAGUUCUUGAAGUUGAGGCUGACAAGGGAGUUGGGAAAAUUGGGGCAAGAAUUCUGGCUGCGAUCUGCUAGUUUUGGCCGUCGUUGGGAUUUUAGAAGGCGGGCCGGACGAACCACCCCUGCACCUACUUAAGGAUGUCUUUAACAGUACAAUUCUUCUCAUUACUUAUGAGAAGCUUUGGAUCAUUGGAUGUUUAGCAAUUUCUUCAUUGUAGAAGAAAUAGGAUUUUGUUGCAGGUGUUAUUUUCUUCUGUUGUUCUCGUCCUGUCUUUAGAUGGUGGUUAGUAAUAAUUGAUGUAGAGAUUUAUUAAAGGUUGAGAUCUGGUGAUUUUUAUCUUUCGUGAGAAAUAAAUAACAAAUAAAUUGAUGAAA